UUGCAGUGGCAAAAAACACUCUCGAUUGCUAUUUUAAGAUCAUCAUUUGCGCAUUCUCCGUUUGAAAUUACCUCACGCCUUCUCUAUAUUUAUAUUUUGUUUCUUGUGCUAAGUACGAUCAGUCUCUUUGGGUAAAUUUGCUUUUAAACCGUGCUUCUUAUAAUAUACGAAUGGCGGAUACACAAACUCCACAAGUUCAGAACCUUGUUCUACAAGGAAACGCAGCUUUCACGAACCGGCUGUAUCAAAUAUUGGCUAAAGAACCCGGUAACCUCUUUUUUUCGCCGCUGAGUAUCCACGCCGUCGUCUCCAUGGCUCACCAAGGAGCAAGAGAAGAAACAGCAAAAGCUAUUGAAGAAGUUCUUCAAAUUCCAGACGCCGAAGCUACAGCGGAGGGUUACCGAGCCAUCACUGAACAGUUAAAGUCGCUCAUGGCCGUCCUUGUGUACUUGGCUUUCAAAAUCUACGUCAAGAAAGGUCUAGAAUUGGAAGACACAUUCGUCGAAAACAUUCAGAAACAUUUUUCGUCGGAAGUCGAGUGUGUAGAUUUUCGGGACAAGUAUCAAGUCGUGAAGGACAUUAACCAGUGGGUGGAGAAACAAACCAACGAGAAAAUAAAAAAUAUUCUCACUCCAGAUUUCAUAACUGGUGGCACGAUGAUGCUUUUGAUAAAUUCUAUAUAUUUUAAGGGUAGAUGGUUUUUCCCGUUUUCUGAAAAACUUACAAAAACUGAGAAGUUUUUUGUGGAUGAAACGAAUUCGGUGGAUGUACAGAUGAUGCAUAAAAUCGACGAUAGGUUGUACAAGUACGAUGAAGAGCUGGAGGCGCAGAUUGCACUGUUCCUGUUCCAAGGCGUGAAUGUGCGAAUGGUCAUCGUGUUACCAAAAGAUAGAAACGGGAUUAAAUCUUUGGAAAGGAAAUUAAGUGAUGUUGGUUUCACAGGACUAGUAGAAAAUUUAGCUAGCCAGCAAUUAAUUAUUUCAAUGCCGAAAUUCAAAAUGGAGUCUACCGUAGAUUUGAGCGAAACACUCAAACAGAUGGGACUUGAAAACAUAUUCAGCCAGGAAGCGAAUUUUAGUGGGAUGUUAAAAACUGGUAGUACGGAAUUAUAUGUUACACAAGUCUUUCAGAAAGCUUUCAUAGAUCUGAACGAAUGGGGAGCAGAAGCUGCAGCCGUUUCAGUUGGGAAGAUGAGCAAAAAGGCUGGUUGGCACCAAGAAGGACCUGUGGAUUUCGUUGUUGAUCACCCGGCUCUGUUUCUACUAGUUGCUGAUGUCAAAGGAAUCAUGAAUAUCCUAUUUUGUGGACGACUGUCUCAUCCGUGUUACUAAAAAUGUUUUGCUGGAUGUAAUUAGAAUAGUUUUAUAAAAAAUUGUUA